AUGGGUGCAGGGGUCAAAAGGAGCGCCCAGGCGCUUCAGAAUGACUCCACCCUGGUGGAGGCUGCUAACCACCGCCUGGUCACCCUUCCUCUGGGGGCUUCCCACACCCACCUCUCUCUGGGCUUCUAUUUCUCUUGCGACAAUGUGGUUCUGGAGGGCGUGGGCCACAGCUUCCGUGAGCUGGCCCAGGAGAAGUGCGAGGGCGCUGAGCACCUGCAGGAAAUGCAAAACCAGCGCGGUGGCCUCGUGCUCUUCCAGGAGGCAUGGAUGCCGGCCCACGGUGAGUGGGAUGGAACUCAGGUCGCCAUGGAGACCGCCAAGGCCGUGGAGAAGAACCCGACCCAGGCCCUUUUGGAGCUGCGUGCUCUGGGUUCACCUGGCACAGAGCCCCUUCUCGGUGACAUCCUGCAGAACCACUUCCUGGAGGAGCAAGUGAAACUCAUCAAGUGA